UGGGUGGGGGUAAGUGGAAGAGGAAGAAUGAGGAAGACGAGCCUUGUUCUCUCCACUCCGGUCCCAACCCAAGCACACAUGCGGGCUCUGCUGAUGAGGCUCCGCCGCGGUCAUUCAGGUCGCUCCGGAGGCGCUCCAUGGAAACACGCCGACUUCACUCCCACCACCACCAACAGAUAAACAAACAAACAAACGAGGAAGCAGGAGGUACAAGAAAGAGAAAAAAGUGCCCGUGUGCAUGGGAAUCCGGACUGGUGUGCCUCCCCUUCACCACCGCCGCCGCCGCCGCCACCACCCCCCUCCUCUUCCUCCUCCUCCUCCGACUUGUGUGCGCCUUCGCUCGGGGGCUCCGUCCGCCGCCUCGGUGGUUAUAAGAGGAGCUCCGCUCGGCUCACCUCCACUCGGAUCACCUCCGCUCGGAUCGGCUCGCACGGAAGCAUCCAUCCCCUUUUUAGCUUCAGAUGUCUGACAGACGGCCUCAGGUUUUCCUGAUAAACUUUUGAAUUAAUUCCUCCAUUAAUGAUUGCAAGUUGUCCAGGCCCUGAGGGAGCAAAACAGCCCCAAAUCAUGAUGCUCCCUUCACCAUGCUUCACAGUGGGGAUAAGGUGUUGAUGUUGACACUAGUGGCUUCCUCUGUGGAGUACUCCCAUGAACACCAUAUAGUUGAUGUAUACACGGAGAUAUUGGACUGCGCCAGUGAUUUCUGUUCGGCAUCGUCAUCUAUCGUCACCGCACGUCCGGGAUCCCGACAUCAACAUGGCUCUGAAGCUGUCGGUCGCGGCCCUCGUUCUGCUCGUCAGGCUUCAGCCUUCGCUCGCCGGCGCUCCUCCCGAGCCGAGCGUAAGCGGAUCGGCGUCGGCGCCGUCUCCCAAUAAGACGGAUUGCGGCAAGGCGGAAGAGUGCUCGCCCGGUGUCCUGUUGCCCGUGUGGGAGCCCGUGAACCCGUCGUUCGGCGACAAAGUCGCCCGGGCGACGGUGUACUUCGUAGCUUUGGUGUACAUGUUCCUGGGCGUUUCCAUCAUCGCCGACCGCUUCAUGGCGUCCAUCGAAGUGAUCACCUCUCAGGAGAAGGAGAUCACCAUCAAGAAACCCAACGGCGAGACCAGCACCACCACGGUUCGCAUCUGGAACGAGACCGUCUCCAACCUCACCCUCAUGGCUCUGGGAUCCUCGGCUCCGGAGAUCCUGCUGUCCGUCAUCGAGGUGGUGGGCCACGGCUUCGACGCGGGCACCCUGGGCCCCUCCACCAUCGUGGGCUCGGCCGCCUUCAACAUGUUCGUCAUCAUCGGGAUUUGCGUUUGGGUGGUGCCCGACGGCGAGACCAGGAAGGUGAAGCAUCUGAGGGUCUUCUUCGUCACCGCGUCCUGGAGCAUCUUCGCCUACAUCUGGCUCUACCUGAUCUUGUCGGUCAUCUCGCCCGGAGUGGUGCAGGUGUGGGAGGCCCUGCUCACUUUCUUCUUCUUCCCCAUCUGCGUGGUUUUCGCCUGGGUGGCGGACCGCCGCUUGCUCUUCUACAAGUACGUGUACAAACGCUACAGGACGGGCAAGCAGCGCGGCAUGAUCAUCGAGACCGAAGGCGACCGGCCGCUUCCUUCUAAGGUGGACAUCGAGAUGGAUGGCAAGAUGCUCAACUCACACGGUGUGGACUUCCUGGACGGCCCGUUGGGUUUGGAUAUCGACGAGAAGGACCUGGACGAGGAGGAGACUCGUAGGGACAUGGCCAAGAUUCUCAAGGAGCUCAAGCAGAAGCAUCCCGACAAAGAGGUGGAGCAGCUAAUUGAGCUAGCCAACUACCAGGUCCUGAGCCAGCAGCAGAAGAGUCGCGCUUUCUACCGCUGCCAGGCCACCCGACUCAUGACGGGCGCGGGCAACAUCCUGAAGAAACACGCCGCCGACCAGGCGCGCAAAGCCGUCAGCAUGCACGAGGUGCGCUCAGACAUCGGGGACAACGACCCCAUCUCCAAGGUGUUCUUCGAACCCGCCACCUACCAGUGUCUGGAGAACUGCGGCACGGUGGCGGUGAACGUCAUGCGACGGGGCGGCGACCUAGCCAAAACAAUAUCCGUGGAGUACCGGACCGAGGACGGCACGGCCAACGCCGGCUCGGACUACGAGUUCACCGAGGGCGUGGUGGUGUUCAAACCCGGCGAGACGGUCAAGGAGAUCCGCGUGGGGAUCAUCGACGACGACAUCUUCGAGGAGGACGAGAACUUCCUCAUCCACUUGUCUAACGUCAAAGUCCUGACCUCGGAGGGCGAGGAGCCCGCCGAGGACGAAUCAGCCAAUCACGUGGACUCGGUGGCCUGCCUGGGCCUGCCGGCCACGGCCACCGUCACCAUUUUUGACGACGACCACGCCGGCAUCUUUACGUUCGAGGAGCCCGUCUUUCACGUCAGCGAGAGCGUGGGCACCAUGGAGGUGAAGGUACUGAGGACGUCGGGCGCCCGCGGUGUGGUGACGUUGCCGUACAAGACGGUGGAAGGGACGGCGCGCGGCGGCGGCGAGGACUUCGAGGACGCGCACGGAGUGCUGGAGUUCCAGAACGACGAGAUCUUGAAGAGCAUAACGGUUAGGAUCUUAGACCGGGAGGAGUACAAUAAGCAGUCCUCCUUCUACAUUCUGCUUCAAGCACCAGAGUGGAGGAGAUGCAACGGAACAGAUUGGACAGAGGAGAAGCAGCAGCAUAAGGAAGAGGAGGUCAAGGAGGAAGAGGAGGCUCUAACAGGGAAGGACAAGGAGGAAGAGCGGCGCAUCGCCGAGAUGGGGCGCCCCAUGCUGGGGGAUCACGUCAAACUGGAGGUGGUCAUUGAGGAAUCUUACGAGUUCAAGAACACGGUGGACAAACUGAUCAAGAAGACCAAUCUGGCUCUGCUGGUGGGGACUAACAGCUGGAGAGAUCAGUUCAUCGAGGCCAUCACUGUGAGCGCAGGCGAGGACGACGACGACGAAGAGUGCGGCGAGGAGAAGCUACCGUCGUGCUUCGACUACGUCAUGCACUUCCUGACCGUUUUCUGGAAGGUCCUGUUCGCCUUCGUGCCGCCCACCGAGUACUGGAACGGCUGGGCGUGCUUCGUGGUGUCCAUCUGCAUGAUCGGCCUGCUCACCGCCUUCAUCGGCGACCUGGCGUCUCACUUUGGCUGCACGGUGGGCCUGAAGGACUCGGUGACCGCGGUGGUGUUCGUCGCCUUGGGAACGUCGGUACCAGAUACAUUUGCCAGCAAGGUGGCCGCCAUCCAGGAUCAGUAUGCAGACGCCUCCAUUGGCAACGUGACCGGCUCCAAUGCUGUCAAUGUGUUCCUGGGCAUCGGGGUGGCGUGGUCCAUUGCGGCCAUCUACCACCAGAGCAACAAUAACCAGUUCCGGGUGGACCCGGGCAAGCUGGCCUUCUCCGUCACGCUCUUCACCAUCUUUGCCUUCAUCUGCGUCGCCAUGCUGAUGUACCGGCGGCGGCCGGAGAUCGGCGGCGAGCUGGGCGGGCCGCGGACUGCCAAGGCCCUGACCACCAUGCUCUUCGUCAGCCUGUGGCUCCUGUACAUCCUGUUCUCCUCACUGGAGGCCUACUGCCACAUCCAAGGCUUCUAGAUUGGCCCGAAAGCAGGGAAUUUCGGGGUUUAAACGCAAUCGUAUCCACGCCAUUGCGUUCUGAAACACGCGGAGGAACUCUUUGAAUGCAUUUCCUGACUUGACUUAAAACAAAAGCCACUCAUAAAAAAAUAAAAUGGUCUGAAUUUCCGCGUCGGUAGAGUUCGCACACCAGGUAGACUUCGGAAACAACCCGGACUGGUUAUGUUUGUGAGUCCUUGCAUGUGCGGACCACACUGACGAAACAACCAGAGGAGAUCCAGUUUGCGCGUGUGGACUGGACAUGACUGCUGCUUAGCUACUCAAGUACUGAGUAGUGGAGUACUGUGAAAACAACAAAAUCUCGCCUCUUUGGGUAUAUUUUUUUUGCCGCGUGAGACUGAAACGCUUUCGUUAAGUAUCCGAUCUAUUUUUGUUUUUUUUUUCUGUUUUUGAGCGGUCGUCCCCCGAGUUGUAAAUAAAGCCGAGCUUACUCGCGAGUUUUUCGGGCGGCUCGUCACGAAUGUUUUUCCCGGUCGCGCUCUCCUGGACGUUGCUUUAUACUGUAGAAAGGGGGUUAUGAAAACGCGUGCUUAUACCUUUAAUAAGGCCUUCGUCUGGUUAGACAAAAUGGCCACCGUACCGUUUAAAACUGUUAGAGUAUUAUGAGUGCAUAUAUAUAUAUAUAUAUAAAUAUAAAUAUAUAGAUUAAUUUUAUGUGUUUUCCACCGAUGUAGAUGUACGAAAAAAAUGAAGGUACCACCCUCUGUGAAACCUCAUUUUCUGACGCCUCGCUCCCAUUUUAUAUGUCUUAAACCACACCCCCAUCCGACCCUCCAACCGAAUGAUCUAUGGACCAAUCCGAAUCCUUAAGGGCUGACCUACAUUGCUCCUGAAACCUCACUCGUAGUUCCAUCUUCAGCGUCCACAUGGAAACCGGACAAUAUGUAAGAUUAACAUGGACAGCCCAUCCAAUCUGAUUUUCACUUUUUGAGGUGAAAAGUGCUGUUUUUCUCUGUCUUUUGGGUGUUUUCACCCAAAAAAUAAGUAUUCCGAGACCUGGGAACUGUUUCAUUUGAAGGGAAACGGGCAUCAUUUGUGAUUUUUUUUUUAAGUCCAUGUAGAGUAAAAACAUAAAAAUUGGCUGCCAUUGCCGGCGAUAUAUGAUUCCAACGAAUGUUCAUUCAUGAUGGAUCGGACAUUUAUCGUCGACAAUGGCGCUGGAACAUAAUUCAUCAUCGCUGUCGAAUUUAAAUGUAUAAAAAAAAAAAUGUACUCAGCCACGUUAAGGAGAAUCCCUCUAUCGAACUUGUCGUGCACACACUUGUGGCCAACAACAAGGACCUCUGACAGUUUGCGAAUUCCAGUUAUCGUUCGCUGCCUGCUCCUCCUGGUCAAAGCGGAUCUGACGUCGACACUGGAACAUAAUCAUUUUCGGAUAGCUCCUCCCAGUUUUAGCUGAAUUGGAGGUUUAUUGCUGUCAAUGGCAGCCAAGCCUCGCCAAUUUUGAAUGUAUUUUAAGCGGAAGUGUUAACUAGAAUCCCCCAAUCGUACAUGUCAAGCACACACUUGCAGCCAACAGUGAGCAGCUCUAGUAUGGCGCUAGAACAGUCUCAUAAUGAAUGCGCGCACAUUUUCCAUGUACACACACAUCUGACACGCUAUUGUUCUCGACGUGUAUUUGACGUCGCUGAAAUUUUGCCUGACCCUGGAAUGACUGAAUUUACCUGAUCUCAUCCCCGACCCAGAGAGGACACGCCACCCUUUACCGACUGAGGAUCCUGGUCUUGGAUAUGGAGGUGCUGAUCUUUAUCCUUACAGCUUCACACUCAGCUGCAAACUGCUCCAGUGAGAGUUUGAGAUUGCGCAUUGAUAAAGCCAAUCGUGCAACAUCAUCCGCAAAAAGCAGAGAUACAAUGCUGAUGCCACCAAAGUGGAACCCCUCAAUGCUUCGGCUACACCUAGAAAUUCUGUCAAUAAAAGUUAUGAACAGAAUUGGUGACAAAGGGCAACCUUGUUGGUGUCCAACCCUCACUGGGAGUGAAUUUGACUUACUACUGGCAAUGCUAACUAAACUCUGACACCAGUUGUGCAGGGACCGAACAGCCCUUUCCAAGGGGCUCGGUAACCCGUACUCCCGAAGCUCCCACCAGAGGACUCCCCGAGGGAUACGGUCGAACGCCUUCUCCAAAUCCACAAAACACAUGUAGACCAGUUGGGCGAACUCCCAUGCACCCUCGACGACCCUGCCGAGGUUGUAGAGCUGGCCCACUGUUCCACAGUCGGGACGAAAACCACACUGCUCCUCCUGAAUCUGAGAUUCGACCUCCAGACAGACCCUCCUCUCCAGCACCCCUGAAUAGACUACCAGGAAGGCUGAGGAAUCAAUUUAUAAUUGGAACACACCCUCAUAACGACAUAACGUUACUAAGUAGCUAAAGUUAUAGCAAGCUAGAUAUACAUCCUGUGGGUUUUCUCGUUUUUAAGUUGCGAGUUGUAGCAUUUCGCCUCGAUUAUAAUAAUGGUCUCUGGUGAGAGUUGGAGAUUGCGGCUUGAUAAAGCCAACAGCACCACAUCAUGCAAUGCUGAUGCCACCAAACCGGAAGCCCUCAGUGCUUCGGCUGCGCUUAGAAAUUCUGUCUAUAAAAGUUAUGAUCAGAAUCACUGACAAAGGGCCACCUUGAGUCCAACCCUCACUGGGAAUGAAUUCAACUUACUGCUGUCAAUGCGGACCAAACCCUGACACCGGUCAUGCAGGGACCAAACAGCCUUUAACAAGGGGCUCUGUACCCCCUACGCCCGCAUCUUGAUCAGAGGGUGUGUUUCAACUAUGGAGGGAUCACACUCCUCAGCCUCCCAAGUAAAGUCUAUUCAGGGAUCCUGGGGAGGACGGUCCAUUGGGAAGUCGAAUCUCAGAUUCAGGAGAUGCAGUGUGGUUUUCUUCCAGGCCGUGGAACAGUGGACCAGCUCUACACCCUCGGCAGGGCUCCCCGAGGGACACAGUCGAAUGCCUUCUCCAAAUCUACAAAACACUUGUAGACCGGUUGGGCAACCCUCGAGGGCCCUGCCGACGGUGUAGAGCUGGUCCACUGUUCCACGGCCGGGACAGAAACCGAACUGCUACUUCUGAACCCGAGAUUCCACUUCCUGACGAACCCUCCUCUCCAGGUGGUCCCCCUUUGUUAAAGCGGGGGACGACCACCAUGGUCUGCCAAUCCAGAGGCACUGUCCCCGAUAUACCCGCGAGGCGUGUCGGCCACGACAGUCCCACAACAUCCAGAGCCUUUUGGAACUCCGGGCGGAUGUCAUCCACCCUCGGGGCCCUGCCAGCGAGGAGCUUUCCAACCACCUCCGUGAGUUCGACCCCAGAGAUAGGAGAGCCCACUUCGGAGUCACCAGACUCUGCUUCUUCAAAGGAGUCGGUGGAAUUGAAAAGGCCUUCAAAGUAUUCUCCCCACCGACUCCCAACAUCUUGAGUCGAGGUCAGCAGUACCCCAUCUCGCUAUCCAACUGUAAUAACAACAAUAAUAACAAUAAUCUCAGCCCGACUUUUGCAUGAUGCACGACUUUAUUUUCCCCCCGUUUGGAGUUCUCCUUGAAGGCCUUCGAGUGGCAGUUUACCCCUGUUUUUGUCAAAGGGAAAUAUUUCUAUGCGAAUAUUUGCUGUCCAAGCGACCGUACAAGGGUUUUUCUAGCCGAAGGGGGUCUUUUCUUAAAAAAUGAAAUCAUGAAUAAAUUAAAAAAAAAAAAAAAAAAAAAAAUUCACCUUCUUAAGAGCUUGUGGAAAACUAAUCACGUAAAAACUUUCUAUGUAUUUGUCUCUUCACUGGCAUGGAGCUGAAGGUUUAUACACUGUAAAAAGUUGUGCUUAUCCACCGUCACUUUUUAAGUAACUUCAACUCUGUUAGCUAGCGCCACGUGGUUGGAUUUACUGAAAACGUGUACGCUUGCCCAAUUUGUUUGAGCGCAGGAAUGAAAAGCUUGUAGUCGCGUAUACGUAGACGUUCGCAUCAAAUUAGGUAGCUAGCCUUCGUAUUUUCACGGGGAAUGAACUCCUUUCGCUAUUGUUGUUGACAAUUCUGCCGGGGCUAACGCUGCGUUCCAGAACACUGGGAAAUUUCAUUCGUCGACAAAUUUCAGGAAACGAGAACAAAGAAAUAUUUGUGGAUUAAACGUGAACUUAUUUCCCAAAACGGUUUCCCGGUAUAGGCAAAUGCAGCAUUAGCCCGAUUAGCAUUGAUGCUAGCUGGGCAUGAAUGGACAAUUUCUUUUGUUCUUUUCAAUGAAGGAAAAAGAUUUGCACUGACUUUGUGGCUUCUGUGAAACAGCUACUGCUAAAAUGUUUUUCUUUUGUUGAAGUUGCUUACAAUGUAAACAACCACGUUGUACAAAGAAGAAGACGAAGAAAAAAAAAUCGACUAAACGACGCGAUUUACCUCCUGGUUACCUUCCUGACUAAUUGAGCGACGGACCAAAGGACAGAAAGAGGAACCGGGACGACGGCGUGAAAUGAAAGGAAGCGGACAGAAUGAAGUUACAGCCAUAUAUCGUUGAUUUGUGGGUCAGCGAGCAUCCGUGUGUAUCGUCCUGGUGUCUUAUCUGUCCUCGAUCGCUUUUGUCUAUCUGCAUCGAUCAUUUUCGGGAAUGUCAACGUGCUACUUGUGGACACAGUGCAUGAAUGCUAACGUGUGUGUACAUAGUAGAAUUAUAGAGAAUCGUAUACCAUCGUCCUAAUUAAAAACAAAAAAAUGGUCCGAAUGCUGUACAGAUUCAGGUUUUCUCUUCAUUUUCAUCAUUUGAAACAUUUGGGGGGGAGUGACUUGUAUUUGACGUCAAAGACAAAGGUAAUGACAUGCAGGAGAUUAAAGUUGUAUAUUUACAGGAGUGUAUUGCUGCCACCCAAAAAAAAGUGCAGUAUCACGAUUUUUACAUGACAGUCAUCACGUUUUUACAUUAAAAUUAUCACAUUACUUCAUGAAAGUAUACUGUUUUCAUAUGAUAAUUAUCACGGUUUCACCUGAUAGUAUCAUGUUUUUACAUGAUAGUGAUCACAUUUUAAUACGAUAAUGAUCACGGUUUUACAUAAUUAUGUUUUCACAUGAUAAUUAUGUUUUAACAUGAUAAUUAUCAAGUUACAUGAUAAGUAUCAUGUUUUUACGUACUAUCAUGUUUUAAAUGAUAUUAUCACAUAUUUCAUGAUAAUUAUCACAUUUAUAAAUGAUAGUAUCCUGUUUUUACAUGUUAUCACGUUUUUACCUGAUUGUAUCACGUUUUUAACAUGAUAAUGAUGGCAUUUUACAUGAUAAUAUCACGUUUUUACAUGAUAAUUAUCAGGUUCUAACAUGAUAAUGAUCAAGUUUUUACAUGAUAAUGAUGACAUAUUUACCUGAUGAUUAUCAGGUUUAAAAAUGAUAAUUUAGCAAGUUUUUACAUAAGCAUCAUGUUUUACAUGAUACUAUCAUGUUUUAAAUGAUACUCCCACAUAUUACAUGAUAAUUAUCAGGUUUUUGCAUGACGUUUUUAAAUGAAAUAUCACGCUUUUACAUGGUAGUUAUCAUGUAUUUAUGUAAUUAUCGCAUUUUAACAUAAGUAUCACGUUUUCACAUGAUAAUUAUCACGUUUUCACAUGAUAUUCACAUGUAUUUAUAUGAUAAUGAUCACAGUUGAACAUAAUUCUCAUGUUUUUUCAUGCUAAUUAACACGUUUUUACAUGAUUUAAACGAUUUCACAUGAUAAUGAUCAGAUUUUUACAUUAUAAAUAUCAAGUUUUACAUGAUACUCUCACGUUUCACAUGAUAGUUAUCACGUUGUUACAUGAUUGUAUCAUGUUUUUACAUCAUUUUACGUUUUACAUCAUAAGGUUUUUGCAUAUAUCAGUUUUUUACAUGAUAGUAUCACUUUUUUUACAUGAUAAUUAUCACGUUUUUAUCUGAUAAGCAUCGUUUUUACAUGAUACUAUCACAUUUUACAUGAUAAUGAUCAGGUAUUUCCAUGAUACCAUCACAUAUUUACAUGACUUAUCAUGUUUUUAUAUGAUACGCUCAUGUCAAAAUCUGAUACUGGAUUAUUAUUAUUUUGUGUGUAUGUGUGUGUGUGGCAGCAAUACACAUCCGUACAUGUUAUUCAGAUGAUUUUUUUUUUUUUUUUUUUUUUUUUAAAUGUUUAAAAAGUAUUGCAUAUUUUAUCAUAGCAAAAAUUCGAUUACAAAUAACACUGAUCUUGCUAAAAUUUGUGAUUUACGAUUGCGGCAACUUGGUCACUGUUUUUUUUCUCAUACAAUUACCACUUGGGAGAUUUUUUUUUUCUUAAGAAUGCACGAUUCAUCUUAAAAUGUAUCAUUGUAAUCUUUGAAAUAUAAUUUGAUUCAAGUUAAAUCACAAUGUACACAGUUGCCUAAGUAUAAUUCAUUCUUCUCAAAUGACAACUCCAUCCAUGAUUAAAAAAUUUCCCAUUUAUCAUAAGACUCUUUGGUUGCCAUUGGUGGUACUAGACGUCCAAUGCAUUUUGGCAAAUUUGUAUUGGACGUCUAUCUUUGUCAAUGGCAGUGAAACAUAAUCACUCCAUGCUGACCGGUCCUGUCCAAAUAGAUUUGUUAUUGAUCACUUUCAACGGCAGUUAAUGUUGAAAAUGUAUGUUCUUCAUUUCUCCGUCCAUUUUACAUCUUGAAAAUAUACAACUUAAGUCUCCAUGUGUAGUUUUUUUUUGUUUGUUUUUUUGCUCUUUUCAAUGUGGUCCUCACUCUCCUUUCACAUAUUUCUGUAUUGUUUGUGUCCUUUAAAAAAAGAUGGGAGGUGAAAAGGCAAUAUCUGCUGUUGCGGAAAGAGAACAAUAGCUAAUCAAAAGCUUAUUUUGUCAAGAAAGAAAUACUAUUGUGUAUAUACUGUACAGUGUUAUUAAGACAGAAUAAGCGCAGGAGAACUUAUUUAUUGUUGCAAAUGACAUACAGUCCAGUUUAUUGCCUUUUAGGAGCCAUUGCAAGUAUUUCCAACUUUCUUAGUUUUCCACGUCGGACAUUUCAAACAGGAAUUUUCCUCUGCUCUUGCUGUCAUUCCCAUCAUGCUUUGCGCCUUCUGUUUUCCUCCCACACUUUGGCCCUUUUAUUCACGCUUGGUCAAAUUGAGAUUUUUUUCCCCAGUGUGUUCAUGUGUUUUUGUUUUCUGUUAAAUGAUUAUUAUUAUUUGUCAGAGACCAACGGGGAAGUUAUUUGUGUGUGUGUCUGUGUGCGUGUGCGUUUGUUGCCACUAACUGUGACUGCUCUCCAUGGUACUUCUGAUCAAAAUCCAAUAAAAUAAAGUUUGGGAUACCCUGUUUCAGAGACACUAUGACUUUUGU